AUGUCGUUCAUGUCUCCUGAUCCCCUGUCGGCCAAUUGGUCCUACGACAGUGCUAUUGACCUCUUCUCCCUCAACACCGUGAUGCCCGAGACCUUUCCCCUGGAUAUCCCCAAUGAUAUGCUGUGGGAUCCAAAGGAUCUCCCCGCCGACUUCUUUGCCCCCCCAUCCGAUAUUAAUGGCUUUGCGGUCUCCAACCACUCGGGUGAAGAGUCACUUUCUGAUCUCGACAGUGACGAUCAAUCCUACUCUCCCACCAACUUCAUGUCCUCCGAACCCAUCACCUCUCCCAUCGGAGUAACCGAUCUCCCCUCUCCAGUGGCUGCUGCUGCCCCCCAACCAAAACGAAAACCCGCCCGAUACUCCUCCAGUCCUGAAAUCCACCCGCAAGAAUCCACUCCCACCACCACCAUCACCACAUCAACAGGAACCUCGCGCAAAAUCUCCCGUAGUCUCUCGGACGACUCUGCGCGUGGCCGCAAUGCCGCCAAGCGGGCGGCCCACAAUAUCAUCGAGAAACGAUACCGGACCAACAUGAACGCCAAGUUUGUCGCCCUGGAGAAGGCGAUGAGCGGCACCAAGAACGGCGGCGUGUCGAAAUCGUCCUCGUCCGCGAGCAGCAGCAAGUCGUCGGCGUCGUUGAAAAAGUCGGAGAUCUUGACCAAUGCGAUCGCCUACAUGCAAGAGCUACAGGAGACGAAUGAGCGGUUACGAAAGGAACUUGCGUCGCUGAACCACAGCAUGGGGCGACGGAUGCCUUUUUAA